AUCUCUGGCACGCGCAGUCGUCAUCGCCAGCGCCGCCCUGUUGAGAGAGGAGGCAGGAGACCCCCCUCCCCACCUAACAACAACCCCAACCCCACAGACUCGAGCGCAGCGACCCCACCCCCCCUACCCCCUCCGAGAGAGGGGACACAGUGAGAGAGGCGCAGUCACCGACUCGGGAUCCCGGCUCCGUUUCGCCCUCAAUCCGGGCCUAAUGCUGUAGCAGACAGCGCGGGAGGAGCACGACAGAGAGACCACGCAGUGACCGAGGAUCGGCGAGGGACAGGGCGGACCGGGGAGAGACGGGAUUGCUCAUUCGCUUGGAAACAUGGGAUGUACACUGAGCGCCGAGGAGCGCGCGGCUCUGGACCGGAGCAAGGCCAUCGAGAAAAACCUGAAGGAGGACGGGCUGGUCGCCGCUAAGGACGUCAAACUGCUCCUGCUCGGCGGCGGAGAGUCCGGCAAAAGCACCAUCGUGAAGCAGAUGAAGAUUAUCCAUGAAGAUGGCUUUUCUGGGGAUGAUGUGAAGCAGUAUAAGCCUGUGGUCUACAGCAACACCAUCCAGAGUUUGGCCGCCAUCCUUCGAGCCAUGGACUCUUUGGGCAUCGAGUUCGGUGACAAGGACCGAAAAGCUGAUGCUAAGCUGGUCUGCGAUGUGGUCAGCCGGAUGGAGGACACAGAACCGUACUCUGCAGAACUUCUCGCUGCUAUGAAGCGUCUAUGGGCUGAUGCUGGGACUCAGGAGUGUUUCAACCGUGCCCGAGAAUACCAGCUUAAUGACUCAGCUCAAUACUACCUGGACAGUCUAGACCGGAUUGGGGCAGCAGACUACCAGCCCACAGAGCAGGACAUUCUGAGAACCCGAGUGAAAACCACUGGCAUUGUAGAAACCCACUUCACCUUCAAAAACCUUCACUUCAGGCUGUUUGAUGUUGGAGGUCAGAGGUCAGAGAGGAAGAAGUGGAUCCACUGCUUUGAGGACGUGACCGCCAUUAUCUUCUGUGUUGCUCUGAGCGGAUACGAUCAGGUUCUCCAUGAAGACGAAACAACUAACCGCAUGCAUGAAUCCCUCAUGCUUUUCGACUCCAUCUGUAACAACAAGUUCUUUAUCGACACCUCUAUCAUCCUGUUCCUCAACAAGAAGGAUCUGUUUGCCGAGAAGAUUAAGAAAUCGCCGCUCACGAUUUGUUUUCCGGAAUACACAGGUGCUAACACAUACGAUGAUGCUACUGCAUAUAUUCAGGUUCAGUUUGAGAGUAAGAACCGCUCUCCCAACAAGGAGAUCUACUGUCACCUGACCUGUGCCACAGACACAGGAAACAUCCAGGUAGUGUUUGAUGCCGUCACUGACAUCAUUAUUGCAAACAACCUUAGAGGGUGCGGCUUAUACUGAAGCCCGGCCAGAAGCACAGAGGUUGUCUAUGGAGUGUGUGAAGUGUUAAUAAUGGUAAUUUUGAUGAUACUUAAACACAUAAAUAUGUAAUUCUACACGUCCAAAUGGACCCAAAGAGCUGCCGUCAGACACCACACUGGAUUAUUGCCAUGAUUUGUUCCCUUCCUUAUUUGAAGUAUCCCUCCCCCAGUUUUGUCUUUAAAAAAAAUGUGUUUUUAAGCUGAAUGUUUCCAUGUUUUGUUGAUGACUAUAUCAACAAAUGUGAAGGUCAGAAGCACCAGUGGGUUUAUUCAGCUGGAGCCUUGUCCCGCUAAACGUCCACACAUGUAACACACCGCCUAGAAAGGAAGGAGGGACGCCGUCCCACGUUCGGUGGCAAGUCCUGACAUUUGAAUACAGCCUCUGGUGCUUCGUUUCGGCGUGCGAAGGGUGGAGAUGACGAUGAUACCGGUUUUGGGGAGGUGCUGUACUCGUGGCUGAGGGUCAUGGAUGGGAAGAAGGAAGCUGUCGUGAACUUUCCUUCAGAGCUGUCGGAGCCUGAAGGGUCUGUUCCAAUCAGCUUUUCUUGUUUUAUUUGCAAACACAAUGAAAGAGGAGUGACUUCUGUUUUGGAGCGGCUGCCCAUUGCCAUUGCCCCCUCCCCCCCUACUGUAAUGUUAGGUAAACCUGUUGAAAAGAAGGAACAAUUCAUAUCGGUGCCAACCAUCUGAUAAUAACAGAUAGAGGACUAGGGUCGAUAAUCAUAGCUCAUAUCUAUAUUAUUUAAGUAACAAAUAUAAUAUUUUACUAUCAUUGAAUAAUUUAUUAAAGCCUCAUGCCCUUCAUGCCUCCUCCUACCUCCAGAGACCCCCACCGUGCCACAUAUUUAUUUCCCAACGAGUCAAACUUGGGUUCAGAGGGAGGAAAGGCCUCCAUUAACAUCUGUGUGCUCCAAGAAAUAGAAGACUGCACAAGGAGAACAAAAUCAUUAGAGGCAGCCUCUGUCUGGGGAGUUUUAUCUUUCCUUUUUUUUUGUCUUAAGAUCUUUGUUUCCCCCUGAUUAGUGAACAGGGAACAAUUUCUCUUUUCACAGAGGACAAAGUACAGCUCUCCAUUUUCACCUGUGCACCCAAUCAAGUCAUCUUCCCAUCCCUGUAUUCUCUUUACCCAUCACAUAUCAAUCCUCAUACCCUCUCUUCAUUUUCACCUUAAAAAAGCACCGUACUGUAUAUAAAUAUAUGAUUACACCUGAUCAGAUUUUUUUUUUUUUACUGUGAAUGUUUUUGUGCUGCACCCCCAUCCUAUUCAGUAGUUUAUUGGUUGCUCUCAUGUGGAAUGUUUGUGCUGAGCCAAUCGAAUGUUGUGUUUACAUUAAAGCCACAUUUUUCCUAACGACUCCUGCGCUGGUGGUCUGAGUGUGAUUACACCGCAAGGUAACAGAGGUGAUGACAAGCUGUGCUACUCCGGCUUUAAUCUGUGCCCGGAAUUAAGGUUAGGCAAAGGAAAUUAGGCUGAACAUUAUGAGAGUGGACCACUUUUAAUGCUUCAUUGCCUUGUGAACAAAGCUUUGCGUUUAGAGUCCGAAACACGAAUAAAAGAUUGGGAACAGGUCUUGCAUGGCAACAGGGCAGUGCUGAAACGUGGCGGAUGGUAGGGAUCAGAAGCGCAGCACAGCAGCUCUCAAUUUAUUAGGUUAAAAGUGUUCAUCAUCACAGACAAGGAGCUAUUCAUAUAUUGAAUGACUGGGCUGGAUCAGCUGUCUGACCUGCUUCUGUCAGUUUAAUGGGUAUGAUGUUCAUUACUGCUGUGCUUCACUGACAUACCCAGAGCUCCACUUUCUUAGUGUCCUGAUUUCUCGCAACCAGCUACAGGUUAAGAAGUAGGAAUUCCCACUGUGACACAAUUGCACACUUGUGGUUUUAAUUACAAAAUUUUACAUUUAAUUAAUAUUAAACACCCCCCCCCCUCCUCCACUCCCAUUUGCUUCACAUCACGUGUCUCUGAGUGCUCAACUGGAGCUGUAGCAGACUGGCAUCAGCCAGGUGAGCCGCGACAGCGCUCUGGAACAAUCAGAGCUUUUGUUUUAAACCAAAGUAAAGCCUCAGCCAUUUCAUGUACAGAACCACGGAUACCCCCCCCUCCCAUGUGAUCUCAGGUGGGUAAUGCACAGCACUGUAAAGCACAGGCUCUUCAGCUACAGCCGCAGCCUCUUGAUGUCUUCGCUUCGGAAGUCGAUCCGCAGAGCCAGAACCUGACGCACCUCGGCGGGAGUCAGCCGCCACGUCAGCGGGCCUGAGUUGGGACCCCAGUAAUCCAAGAUUUCGGUUACCUGAAAGUACAAACAUGAAGACGUGAGCAUGUGCACUGACAAGUUAGAAUAUUUUCUAAUGUGAUUUUUGUCUUUGGAUAGUUUUAUUGCUCCACUGAACCUGAUAAAGUCUGAAACCUCUGUUAAGUCUGCGGGCAACAAUACAAAAAAAAACGUAAAAAAAAAAAAAAAAAAAAAAUCAACUACAAAAUGUGCUAGCUAGACUAAUGUUUAAACCUUUCCUCAUUGUUCAGUUUUAUAUUGCAUCCAUUGUACCAUUGAAACAGGAAUUCAUUUUUUUUACCGUUGAUUUUUGACACUUGUUCAUAGCAAAACGGGAGAGAAAUCUUAUAGCUUUGGGUGGUGGUUAUUAUUCUAAUAUAACUGACAGAUUGUACACAGAAAGUUUAUUAAAGUUGAUUUGAAUUUUUAGCAUCCUCUGUAUGUAAAGUUGUUGUGAAAUGGCUCUAUCAAAAUAUAACUUAAUUAAAUUAAAAUCCUGUUUAUACAAGA